CUGUGUGUCACAUUUAAUGUUGAAUUUGCAGUGUGUGCUGAUGCAUACCUGACACCGAAGAUCAGAGAAUACAUCGAUGGAUUCGAGUCUGGCUUUGCUGAUGGGCUUAAGAGUGUGAGAGUUGAUUUCAUGCAAUCUGAUGGUGGCCUUUGCAAUGUUAAAAAUUUCUUCGGCUCGAAAGCAAUUCUAUCAGGUCCAGCUGGUGGGGUCAUCGGUGUGGCUCUCACUGCUUAUGAUAAAACAACAAAAAGUCCAGUGAUUGGAUUUGAUAUGGGAGGUACCUCGACUGAUGUUUCUCGCUAUUCUGGAGCAUUAGAACACGUUAUGGAGACGACAACUGCUGGUGUUACGAUCCAAGCGCCACAGUUGGACAUCAAUACCGUUGCAGCUGGCGGCGGAUCCAGACUAUUCUUCGACAAUGGGAUCUUUGUGGUUGGUCCAGAAAGCGUUGGUGCUCACCCAGGACCUGUUUGUUACCGAAAAGGAGGAAAUCCGGCAAUCACGGAUGCAAAUCUUGUAUUGGGACGCAUAAUGCCGGAGUAUUUCCCCAAAAUCUUCGGUCCUAAUUCUGAUCAGCCUCUGGAUAGCGAAGCCUCGUAUACUGCUAUGAAAGAAGUCACCGAACAAAUCAAUAAGUUUAUCAGAAGUAAUCCAGAUGCCAUACAGAAGGAAUAUUCCGUUGAAGAGGCUGCCCUAGGUUUUGUAAAUGUUGCGAAUGAGGAGAUGUGUCGUCCAAUCAGGGCUAUUACGCAGGCUCGAGGCUAUGACACAUCAGCACACGUACUCGCCUGCUUUGGAGGGGCUGGCGGACAACAUGCGUGUGCCGUCGCCCAGAGUCUAGAAUCCACACCAUUGCUCGCCGAACGUUUGACUGCUCUCUCGGAAAAAGCCACAAACGAUUUGAAAGAACAGGGCUUUCAAGAAGUUCAUUGUGAACCUUUCCUACAUAUGCGCUUCGCUAGAACUGAUUGUGCGAUAAUGAUCACGGCCGAUUAUGAUCCUGAAAAUCCGGGUACAUUGAACAACUUUGUGAAGACCUUCUUCGUCAAUUAUAAGCGAGAGUUUGGUUUUGUACUAGAAGAUCGGGACAUAAUUAUCGAUGAUAUUAGAGUCCGUGGAGUAGCCUCUUCUGGAAUUAAAAGCAACGAGCAUAUUGAGAUGACUUCUGACCCGGAUAGUGCCGUGCCAUUGACUCAUACGAGGACUUUUUAUGAAGGUGGUUUUCAAGAGACGGCUGUCUAUAAACUUUCGAGUCUUCUAGGUGGGCACCAUAUAAAGGGACCGGCGAUGAUCAUCGACAAGAACAGUACGAUCGUUGUGGAACCUCUGUGUUCAGCUACUAUCACAAAAGAUGGAACUAUUCGCCUGAACAUGGAUCCAAUACGACUUUCAAUUUUCUCAAAUCGAUUCAUGUCCAUUGCUGAGCAAAUGGGAAGGGUACUGCAGCGAACAGCUAUUUCCACAAAUAUCAAGGAACGUCUUGACUUCUCUUGUGCUUUAUUUGAUCCGAAGGGAGGAUUAAUAGCGAAUGCACCUCACAUUCCUGUACAUUAG